AUGUUUGUGUCGUACCUGUCUGUGCUCCUGGAUCUCUCCUGCCCCCUCGCCUCCGACGACGAUCAUCCGGCGUGGGCCUCACUUCGCCGCCUCCGCCGCCCGCCCCGCCUCGCACGCCUGCCACGCUCCGCGCCGGCCGCGGGUCCCGCCGAGGCGCUGGGCCACAGCGAGCGCGGCUGGCCAGUGCCAAGCGGUGCCGCAGAUGCGCAGCUGCGUCCGUUUCCUCUCGGCGGCGUGCGCGGGGGGGAAGAAUGCGCAGCUGCGCUCGUUUCCUCUCGGCGGCGGGCGGGAACAUGCCCGACCUAG